CGCCAGGACCGAUUGUGCCCAGGAGGCAGCGGCGGCCGCGCCAUUGUCCGGGAGCGCACUAUGGCUGUGCCCGCCACCUCCAUGGGGCCUCCGGCGCUGGGCCAGAGUGGUCCCGGCUCGAUGGCCCCCUGGUGCUCAGUGAGCAGCGGCCCUUCGCGCUACGUGCUCGGGAUGCAGGAGCUGUUCCGGGGCCACAGCAAGACGCGCGAGUUUCCGGCGCACAGUGCCAAGGUGCACUCGGUGGCCUGGAGCUGCGACGGGCGUCGCUUAGCUUCGGGGUCCUUUGACAAGACGGCUAGUGUCUUCUUGCUGGAGAAGGACCGGCUGGUCAAAGAAAACAAUUAUCGGGGACAUGGAGAUAGUGUGGACCAGCUUUGUUGGCAUCCGAGUAAUCCUGACCUCUUUGUCACUGCCUCUGGAGAUAAAACCAUUCGCAUUUGGGACGUGAGGACUACAAAAUGCAUUGCUACUGUGAACACUAAAGGGGAAAACAUUAAUAUCUGCUGGAGUCCUGAUGGGCAGACUAUUGCCGUAGGCAACAAGGAUGAUGUGGUGACCUUUAUUGAUGCCAAGACACACCGUUCCAAAGCAGAGGAGCAGUUCAAGUUUGAGGUCAAUGAAAUAUCCUGGAACAAUGACAACAACAUGUUCUUCCUGACAAAUGGCAACGGUUGUAUCAACAUUCUCAGCUACCCAGAAUUGAAGCCUGUGCAGUCUAUCAAUGCCCAUCCUUCUAACUGCAUCUGCAUCAAAUUUGACCCCACGGGCAAGUACUUUGCUACAGGAAGUGCAGAUGCUUUGGUCAGCCUCUGGGAUGUGGACGAGUUAGUGUGUGUUCGGUGCUUUUCCAGGCUGGAUUGGCCUGUGAGGACUCUCAGUUUUAGCCAUGAUGGGAAAAUGCUGGCAUCAGCAUCAGAAGAUCAUUUUAUUGACAUAGCUGAAGUAGAGACAGGAGACAAGCUAUGGGAGGUGCAGUGUGAGUCUCCGACCUUCACUGUGGCUUGGCACCCCAAAAGGCCUUUGCUGGCAUUUGCCUGUGAUGACAAAGAUGGCAAAUAUGACAGUAGUCGGGAAGCUGGAACUGUGAAGCUGUUUGGGCUUCCUAAUGAUUCCUGAGAGGAGGCCCUGGCAGAGGCCUUCCUUUGUGUAGUUUGGUCUGUUCUCUUGGAGUUGGUGGGCACCAUAAAUAUUUGUUAAUUGGUAUAAAUUAUAAAAAUCUUUUUGUUAGGCUGCGCAUUCAAA